UGCAAAACUAGGUUAUUAUACUGAUGAUACAAUCGUACCGUGUGGAAGCCCAAAACCAAGAAAAAAAGCUAUGUUCUUCGUCGAUGGAAUAUCUAUUUGAAAAUGAUUUUGAAAAAGACUCAAUAGCAAACAUUUUAAAUAAAGAGCAGGAUCUUGUUAGGUCCAGGAAAAUAUUUAAGGGAAAACCACCAACGCCAUUUUUGCCAGAAACAAUACGAGAACAACUUCUUGAUCGUUAUAAAUCUGGAAAAUGCCAACAACAAAUUAAUGAUUAUAAUGUAUUUAAUGAAAUGUAUACAAAACGGAUUCCAUAUGAAAAGAACCUAAAGUGCGAUUGGAUCAGACCUAAACUACCAAAUACAUUAGAAGGUAAAUGCGAACGUGGUAUUGGCCAAUAUUUUUUGCAGCAUGGAACUCGUGUGUACCAACAUUUUCUUAAAUAUUUAGCACAAAAAACAAAUGGCCAGGACGAAAAAAAAAAUCCAGACAAAGAUCAAAAACAAUGGAAAAACUGUAAAAUANUUGGUGUUGUCAUUUUAAAUUUCUGUCAACCUGAUACCGCGAUAUCCCAUUUUAAUGUAUAGGUGGUGGGAAAGUAAUGCGGCACUCAUCGUUAAUAUCAUGGACUUGCGGGACGAGGUGUUUGAAUUAUAUUCCACUGAACUCACUUUGCCCAAACGUAUAAGUGCAGUAUGAUAUCUCACUUAAGAUUUUUGCGGAAAUUAANUAGGUUGUGGGAAAGUAAUGCAGCACUCAUCGUUUAUAUCACGGUCUUGCGGGACGAGGUGUUUGAAUUAUAUUCCACUGAACUCACUUUGCCCAAACGUAUAAGUGGAGUAUGAUAUCUCAAUUAAGAUUUUUGCGGAAAUUAAAAAAUGUCGACUCCAAGUAUAUAUAUGCACCAAAUAUUAUAUUUUAUUACAAGAAUAAUAAUUAAUAAUUAAAAAUAUAAUUAAUUUUAUCUGUUGAUUUUCUUUACACGUAUGACUGCUAUAUACAACAUUUAAAACUGCAUGUUAAUUUUAUUAUUGUCUGUAGUUUAAUUUAGUGUGUAUUAAAUAUACUGGGAUUUGUUCUAUUAUUCAUUUUAACGAAAACAAAAAUAANCAAGAAUAAUAAUUAAUAAUUAAAAAUAUAAUUAAUUUUAUCUGUUAAUUUUCUUUACACGUAUGACUGCUAUAUACAACAUUUAAAACUGCAUGUAAAUUGUAUUAUUGUUGGUUGUUGGUUUAUGCAACUUAUAGAACUUAAAAGUAAGAUUUAACAUUUUUUUUAGGAGAUAACAAAACAGAUUAAAGAUUGAUGUAUUUCACAAUAUCUUAGUAAUCGGUAAUUUCAUAGUGAUGAUUUACUCCACGAGUAAAAAAAAGGUUUUUGUGAAACUUUACCUAAAGGACACAUUCCACACACAACAUUAUAUGAGAUAUUAAUAUUUACGUAAAGAAAAAAAAGACUUAAGUAGUCAAUUUUUUUUACAUUCAACUUUUUAAUUAAAGACAUGAUCGAAAAAUGGC